AAUGGCGUCGGCGCGGUUUCCAUGAACUUCUCAGUUUGUUUACCACAAUUUGUCACUUUGUAAGCCAUAGCUGAAAUUGCCUUUGGGGUCAGAUCUCCUGGUGCGAAUCUCUAGAAAUGUAUGAAGUGGUAGUGAGUAUGUAUGUUGAGCAGCAGUGGCGAAGUUUUCCUCGACGUUUGCGGUGAAACUUGCACAAACAUAAAUUAACGGAUAAUCUUCAAACGGUUGUUUGAUAUUGAUCGAUACUAAGAUCAGUAUGGAUAAAUUUCAUCGGAACAAGACAGCAAUUCGCAUAAAAAUCAUCAGCAUGGGAAACGCUGAAACGGGAAAGAGUUGUAUCAUCAAGAGGUACUGUGAGAAGAGGUUUGUGAGCAAGUACAUGACAACAAUAGGGAUUGACUAUGGUGUGACAAAGGUGUCAAUAAAUGACAAGGAUGUUAAAGUGAACAUAUUUGACAUGGCUGGUCACCCUGUGUUCUAUGAGGUUCGCAAUGAAUUCUAUAAGGAUACACAGGGUGCCAUGCUUGUUUACGAUGUUGGUAACAGAGACAGUUUUGAUGCAUUGGACAGCUGGGUGGAUGAAAUUAAAAAAGAUAUUGGUAAUGCUGCUGACUUUGAAGGGGUUACAUUUGCUGUUUGUGCUAACAAGAUUGAUAGCAAGAAGAGAGCGGUGGAUGAAACCGAAGGCCAACUGUGGGCCAACAGUCAUGGAUUUCAAUACUUUGAGACAUCUGCCCAGACUGGUGAGGGAAUCAAUGAUAUGUUUCAGACCCUCUUUCAAUCAGUAUUGGCAACGAUUGAAAAUGGUGGUAAACCAGUUCAGGUCAAUGCCUCUACAACUCUGGGUUACACCAAAGAACAGGCAGAGGCUAUCCACAGGUUGAAAUCAGCCAAAGAUAACUACGAGAGACUGGGGCUGACAGCCGGAGCGACCAGGGAGGAAAUUAACCGAGCCUAUCGAAGGUUGGCCAUCUUAAUACACCCAGACAAAAGUUUGGCGCCAGGAACCGAGGAGGCCUUCAAGGCGUUGGUGAAUGCCCGUGCUGCUCUACUACAGUCUCACAGAUAACACUGAACAAGAGAUAGGCGAUGGUGUCGAUGAUGUCGCUGGCUUUUUUCAAUGACAUCAUCGAUGACGUCGCCGAUGAAACUUUCACUUCUUUGUGCACUAUGAUGUUACCAGUCUAUUCUUCUUAAACCUUUCACUCUCAAGAUCUCAUUAGUAAUUUUCCCCUUACUGUCUGCCAUCCGAUUCAUACGAUGUUAAUUGGGAGAAUAAAGUAUUGGAUCAACGGAUGAUCCCCUAA